UAACAUUUAGCUUAGUAGACCUCGUCUCAUCACUUGUUCCACCAGCGAGCGCACCGCAACUCCUUCCGUCGCGUCUUUUUUUUUUCUUUUCUUUCGCUUGACGCUUGUUCUUAAUAAUCCUUUUUUUUUUCACCUUCCCUUCCUCUGUCCUUCUCCUGCACUUCCCCCCGCUCUUCGUGGUGUCUCCCAAGAAUCGUUCAGUCAUGGCCGACCAGGAAGUGGAUUUGGACUCGAUCAUCGAUAGAUUGCUGGAGGUGAGGGGUAGCCGGCCUGGCAAGCAAGUCCAGCUUUUGGAGUCGGAGAUCCGUUAUCUGUGCACCAAGGCGAGAGAGAUUUUCAUCUCCCAGCCCAUCCUGCUGGAACUGGAAGCCCCCAUCAAGAUUUGCGGUGAUAUUCAUGGCCAAUACUACGACCUUCUGCGUCUUUUCGAAUACGGCGGCUUCCCCCCUGAGGCUAACUACCUUUUCCUCGGAGAUUACGUUGAUCGUGGCAAGCAGUCUUUGGAGACUAUCUGCUUGCUCCUCGCCUACAAGAUCAAGUACCCCGAAAACUUCUUCGUUCUACGUGGCAACCACGAGUGUGCCUCUAUCAACCGCAUUUACGGUUUCUACGACGAAUGCAAGCGGAGGUAUAACAUCAAGCUCUGGAAGACUUUCACCGAUUGCUUCAACUGCUUGCCCAUUGCGGCCAUUAUUGAUGAGAAGAUCUUCACGAUGCAUGGAGGUUUGAGUCCCGACUUGAAUUCCAUGGAACAGAUCCGUCGCGUCAUGCGUCCCACUGAUAUUCCCGACUGCGGUCUGCUGUGCGACCUUCUGUGGUCCGAUCCCGACAAGGACAUCACCGGCUGGAGCGAGAACGACCGUGGUGUCUCGUUCACGUUCGGCCCGGAUGUUGUAUCGCGAUUCCUUCAGAAGCACGACAUGGACUUGAUAUGCCGUGCGCAUCAAGUCGUUGAGGAUGGAUAUGAGUUUUUCUCCAAGAGACAACUGGUCACAUUGUUCAGUGCGCCCAACUACUGCGGUGAAUUCGACAAUGCCGGUGCAAUGAUGAGUGUCGACGAAAGUCUACUAUGCUCUUUCCAGAUCCUAAAACCGGCAGAGAAGAAACAAAAGUACGUUUACGGGGGCAUGAGCUCAGGCAGGCCCAUCACUCCUCCGCGAAAGCAAAAGAAGAAGUAAGGAAUCAUACGAGCUUUUCCAUGUGCAGCAGGUUCGGGCGGAGAUAAACUUCGUCAUCAACAAAACUCCCACCAUGUCACACUAUAGCGAGAGACACAAACCCCCACCGACAUCGAUGGCCAUGAAAUUAGACGAUCGGCAGCAGCACGCAGCACACCUGAGC